GUCAUGGCAGGUGCAAAUCGGGGGAUUGGUCUCAAUCUAGCACGCGCUUUAGCAGCUCGAAAUUGGAACGUCAUCGCUUCAGUACGACCUCAGACAAUGGAAAUAAGGGAUCCAUCGAUGGAAGAUGUUCGAAUAGAGGCAGUUGCUUCGAGUAUUCUCGAAAUCGACCUUGCCAACCAGAGCACGGUGGCGAGUGCUGCUGAAAAAUUUGGCAAUCAACCCUUGGACGUGCUCAUCAAUGUUGCGGGACUUGGGCCUGGGCCUCAAAUGUGGUAUGAACACACCUCUGAGAUACUAUCACAGAAGUUUGUCGUGAACACUGUGGGGGCUUUCUUGACGUCGAAAUUCUUUUACCCAAAUUUAAAAAUGGCCAAAGGAGCUAUCAUCAAUAUCUCCUCUAACAAGGGCUCUAUAUCAGAGAAUGACGGCGAGGAUCUCGCAUACCGUUUGUCAAAAGUAGCCCUUAAUAUGAUGACUGUCACAAUGGCUAGGGAAUUCGAGGAGCAUGGCGACAAUAUUGCCGUGGUAGCUGUUAAUCCAGGCUAUGUUGCAACGAGACUGACUGACUAUCGGUCAAGGGAUAACAUGGAAGAAUGCAUUGCUGGACUUGUCGAGGUAGUCGAAGGUCUUGACAUGGCUAAAACGGGUACUUUUAUUAAUUGGAACGGUGAGACGCUUCCUUGGUAA